GCUCAACUCAUAUUAAUAAAACAAUUAAAAAUGAUGAUGAGAAAGGUAUUUCUGUUUGCCAUUUUCCUCGUUGUUCUUCGUUUUUCUGCUGCAGACAGAAAACGAUGUUUCUGCAAAGCUGUAGCAGCCGACAAUCACAAUAAUGUCUUGCACGAUUUUGGAACCAUCGCCGAACAUCAUAACUGGCUAACUGUUGGAUGCAGACGACUUCAUGGCUGUUCCAGUAAAUGUGAUCAGAAGGUCAAAGAAUGGGUAUGCGCCCAUCAAGCUGAGUGCAAAGCCAAAGCUAACGGAAAACAUGUGGUGCCUUACUACACAGCCAGUGUAUGUGGUAAAGGUGCGGGAAAUAAUUCCAGACCUUGUGAAUGUAAUGACGGGGGAUUUGACAAAGUAAGAAGAUGUCAAUUGCAAUGUAUCGGCAACCUGUUUAGUCAAGGACAUACUGCAUUUUUAAAUUGUUUGAAUCAAUGUAUUGCAUAACUAAAAAAAUUUCUUUGUUAAUUGAUGUUAUGACUGAGUGUUACUUAUUUCUUGAUGAGUAAAUGAAUUCUAUUUAA